AUGGCCGAAAUAGCAAGUCUAACAAUCGGCGGGAUUGGCCUCGCAAGCCUCUUCACGACCUGCGUCGACUGCCUCGACUGUAUCACCUUAGCACGUAAUCACGGCAGAGACCUAGAAGUCUCGCUCACGCAAAUGUCCCUCCUCAAACAGCGCCUUAAUAUCUAGGGUGAAAUUGUAAGAGCUCAGAACAACGGGUACGAGCUCCCCGCGCUUCGCGAGAAGUGGCCUCAAAUCGGUGGCGCUGUCGGAGAGGCCCUUGUGUCCAUCAAAGACGCCUUCACAGACGUCUCAGCGCUAGAGAAACGAUACAGUCUAAAGGCAACGCCGGAAAGCAGUAGCACUGCCAUGGAUAUUCACGAGUCUCGAGCGCUCAACCAAAUCAUGGAUGCCUUUCACAUCGUUCAGCGCCGCCGGCAGAAAGAGAUGUCUAUUAUAAAUAAGACAUAGUGGGCGGUACACGACAAGAAGAAGUUCGAUACCCUAAUCCAAGUUGUCAGUUUCAACAUUGACAGGCUCGAGAAGAUUAGCGAGAACUUGAACGUCCUCGAGAAGCAGAAGAAGCUAGCGUCGGUGAUUAAGGAAAUUGACGACGAAGACAGCUUGAAGUUACUUGUAGAGGCGAUAGAGGAAAAUCAAAGUACUGGAUCUGCUAGCUCGGGCCACCUGUUUAUUAACACUAUUAUUGGCGAAAGGGCACGUGUAACGAUGGGAAAUGCGGGGAAUUCAACUAUUGUCGGUUAUAAGUUUAAUAGGACGAACAUUAUGAACGCGGAGGUAUAUAUAGGGAAUAUGUUAGAUGCUGCUCUUGCAUCGUUUUAUAGUGCUUUAAAGGGCCCUGAAUUAGGCAAGGAAUAA